AUGUCCUCCGAAGAAGGCACGUACGCGCCAAAGUCGCCCGACCUCUCGUCAUUCUUGUCGGGAGGUUCUGAUCCAAACCUUGGCCGCGCCGCAUCAUUCACUUCAGCGCCCAAUCCAAACUCCCUCUCUGGAUACUCGCCAUCGUCAUCCACUUACAGCUCGCACCAGCACCAGCAUCAGCCUGCUUCGCACUACGGUCAGCCACAACAGCCCCACCAAACUUAUUCUUCGUCUCCCGCGACCGCCUAUAACAACUACCAUCAUUCUUAUACCGCGCCGUCGCCCAGCUCUGUCCGUUCCCAGCAACCAUAUUUUUCCUCGCCGCAACAACCCACAAACCUCUUUGCCCACGCUCAAUCCUCACUGCCAGCGUACAUCCUGUCCCCCCAACAACAACACAGUACACCACCAAGUCACUCUGGUCCACAACCCUACUACGCAAACUACGCCGAGAGCCCAAUCAACCAUUAUCUACCACCGCAAUCACCGCAACUCGUCCAGCAGCACGGUCAGCUCCAGCCCUCCCAUUUCCCGCCUGCCUACGAUCACAAGCAACCGCAGCCAGCCCAAGACUCAGCAGCGGUCGCUAUGCCGCCGCGCAAAUCGGCUGCCGCCCAGGUGGCGCAGCAACCAGAAAUCAUGCCUUCUCCCGUCAGAACAAAAUUCCCCACUGCGCGCAUCAAGCGAAUUAUGCAGGCAGACGAGGAAGUGGGCAAGGUAGCUCAGCAGACUCCCAUUGCCGUCGGCAAGGCACUCGAAUUGUUCAUGGUACAAAUCGUCAGCAAGAGCGCCGAUGUGGCCAAGGACAAGAACUCGAAGCGCAUCACGGCCCAGAUGCUAAAGCAGGCUGUCGAGAACAACCCACAGUGGGACUUUUUGCAAGAAAUCACGGCAAAGGUCAGCGAAAAGGAGGAGAGAGAGCCAAAGGGCAAAAAGGCGAGCGAGAAUACAGAUAGCGACGAGGAUCUCGACGCCGAGCCCAAGAAGAAAGGAAGAGGUGGCCGAAAGAAGAAGGCUGCCUCAUAA